GCCCCCCUCUGUUCGCUCUCUGGUGGAGGAUUUAAGCGCUCCCGCCGUAAAGAUGAGGGCUUCUUCUUCUUCUUCUUCUUGUUUUUCGCUCUGACUGAUUUCUAAACUGGACCCACUUUCACAGGUAAGAGCAGAUCCACGCGCUUCACCGGCGCACACCUUCAUCUGCGUGGGAGACCAGUGGGUUUAGAGAGUUUUUCUAAUCGUGGAGAGUUUCUACCAAAAAACUUUCACAACAUCAACAUCAGCUCCCCUGAAAGAAACUCUGAGCAGGACUAUCGGUGGACGUAGAGAUGAACGCAGAUCUGGAUUACGGAGGGUCCGGGAGCAGCGGGAACGGGAAGCUGAGACAGUGGCUGAUCGAGCAGGUGGACUGUGGGAAAUAUCCCGGGCUGGUGUGGGAGAACGACGAGAAGAGCAUCUUCAGGAUACCAUGGAAACACGCCGGGAAACAGGACUACAACCGGGAUGAGGAUGCCGCGCUUUUCAAGGUAAAACACCCUCCUCCUCCACCACCACCAACAACAGUGUUCGUGGAUUUUCAAAUUAAAAUCGAUUAAAUGAUAAAAAAAAAAAAAGUUUCUCAAGUGAAACGAAAAAGAUACAGUUGCUUGUAAAGUCAUAAACUUUUUAAGAAGUUUGCGUUUGUGUUUAAUAUCUUUAUUGUCUUGCAAGAAAUCGAUCACAAAAUCCGGAUGCAACAUUUUCUUUCGUGUACUUUAAUUAUGUUUUUGGUUAUUUCAGCUUUUGUCAGAGUUAAGUUGUUCUUUUUAUCGACUAAAAAUGUUUCCAACUGUUGAAUAAAACGUAUUUAAAGCAAAAACGAUUUCUUCAAAGUCCCCAAGUAAGACUUUAAGUCCUGCUACAAACACAAUUCUGUCAUAAAAGACGAGAAAAACGCAAAAUAUCCAUGGGAAUGUAUAGAAAUGGUUUUCUUGCACAAAAAAAUUCUCGGUUAAUCGACGACUCACAUGAAGAUUUCUUCAAAGUCCUCAUGUGAGACUAAACGUCCUGCUACAGGUUAAAUACUGUUAUAAAAGACGAGAAAAAAUGCAAAAUAUCCACAUUGUUGCACCUGAAAAUCCUCGGUUAAUCAACGACUCCUAUGACGAUUUCUUUCAAGUCCCCAAGUAAGACUAUAAGUCCUGCUAAAAGCAAAAUUCUGUCAUAAAGGAAGAGAAAAAAUGCAAAAUAUCCAUAGAAAUUUAUGGAAAUGAGUCUGUUGUACAUGAAAAUUCUCGGUUAAUCGACGACUGCCAUGACGAUUUCUUCAAAGCCCCCAUGUAAGAGUAAAAGUCCUGUCAUAAAAGACGUGAAAAAUGCAAAAUAUCUACAUUAUUGGAAAUGAUUUUGUUGCACGUAAAAAUUCUCGGUUAAUCGACGACUCCCAGUUUGAUCGUUUUAAUCAUAUGAAGAUUUCUGCCAUGUUAGAAACUUGUGCAGACUCUCUAAUAGGCCCACAUGCAGGACAGAGUGGAGAUCCCUCUGCAUGCAGGCCUACUCCACACGUGGGUUAAAUUUCCCCCGUGGUUUGUCUGCAGGCCUGGGCGCUGUUCAAAGGCAAGUUUAGGGAGGGUAUCGACAAGCCGGACCCCCCAACCUGGAAGACCCGCCUCCGCUGCGCCCUUAACAAGAGCAACGACUUCGAGGAGCUGGUGGAGAGGAGCCAGCUGGACAUCUCAGACCCUUACAAAGUCUACCGGAUCAUCCCUGAGGGGGCCAAGAAAAGUGGGUUCAACCUCAGACACCUCCUCCUCCUUCAUCACAUGUUCAGACUUUAGAAAUGUUUGGUUUAAGGUCUUGAAGUUUGUGGGUGAACUUUUUGGUUUAACCCUGAAAAAAAAAAGUUGGAAAUUUUCUGUAAAUGUCUUUGCUGAUUGUUCAAAGGUCACUGACUCCUCACUCCUGCAGUGACAAACCACCAAUGAAGGUCACGCUGUAUGAUCUCAACAGAUGUGGCCCUUUUUUUCUGCUGAGUUGUGUGGUUGUGUGUUAAAUAUUUUUUUAUGUGCUGUAUUCAGGACCCCGACAGGAGGACAGCCCUCUGAGCCAAAUGAGCUACCCGGUGCAGGUCCACCCCCCUUACCCCGCCCUGCAAACUCAGGUGAUUUUCAUACACAGGAAAAUGAAAAGGAGAGAAAGAGAAAGAGAGAGAGAGAAGAGCUUCAUGUGAAACAGAGAAAACAGGAGCUUUUAGGCAUGAAUGAUCCUGCACACGUACAUCAAUCCUUUCCAAUAUUAUUAAUUUAAGGUGUUAAUUUAACUUUUUACCAUAAUUAUAUAUCUGAUGAUGAGUAAUUGUGUCUGCAGAUGCCUCAGUACAUGCCCACAGCAGAGUGCAGCUGGAGGGACUACUGUCAGGACCCCCCCUCCCUGCCUGAGCUGCCCUACACUCAGUGUCCCUGUCCCCCCCGCAGCCUGCAGUGGCAGGGCCCGUCUAUGGACAAUGGUGCGGUAAUAAUCACUCACACAGAACUGUCCAUAUUCCUUCACAGUGUCUUUGUGCAGCAGUGUUAAGUUGAUGUGUGUCUGUCUGUUUGUGCGUGCAGGAUACCAGCUCAGAGCCUCCAUCUACUCGUACAAUCCUGCGGACAGUCAGCCGUCACCGUUCUCUCUGGACGCCAGCAUCAGAUCAGCAGAAGCGCUCUCAGGUUGACGACACUUUCAUUUCACUUUUUUUUUUUUUUUUGUACUUGCACACCCUGAAACUCGACAGAGAAGCAUAAAAAGUGAGACUUUACAGUCGUGUCGGUGUCGACCUGCAGAGUCCAGGUUAGCGAAUGUAGUUUCACAUAAUUUAACUGUUUGAUUUAUAUCAUGAAAAAAAAACAUACGUGGAUUUUUAAACAUUUUUAAAUGACUGAUUCAUCCCAAAGUGUGGAUUACAAUUGGGUCCAUUUUUAAAAUAAGGUUAAUCUUAAAAAUAUAAACAGCCCUCUACCUACCUGGUGUAGCUGUUCACCUGUUGGCCAGUUUUGGUAAUUUACUGCCCCCUAUUGGUCAGCAAUAAAAUACAGCAGAUCUAAUAAACGCUGAGGAAUGGCGCUGUAAACUUUGAACAUAGCUGGACCUGUUUCAAGAAAAUUAAAUACAAAGAUAUAUUUUUAAAAGCAUUUUUGAGCUAUUAUUAAAACUAAGACAUGGUGUAUAGACGUCGUUUAACUAGAAUAACAUUUAGUGGUUUCAAAACUGACCAAAAACCUCACAACAUUGAUUCUCCAAAACCCAAAAAGCAGUGUCACAUACUUAUGAUCAAUACAGUUAUUGUUGUAAUCACUUAUUAACUCCUUGUUUAAUUACUCUCUCAGGUCUCAUGCUACAACCUUCCACCAACUUUAACGAGACAAGUUUUUCACAGUCAUCCUCCAGAUGAAUAAACAACAUUUAACAACAUUAAACUCUAACUAAUAUGAAAAAACUGCACUCGUCCAAUUACUGAGCUGAACUAAUAAACAUGUUAAAGAACAUGAGUCCAGCUACUUGGGUUCAAUUUUGUGUUAAAAGACUCUGAAUUGCGCAAAUAUGAGUGUCUUAAUUUUUCCUGCUGCUAAAGGCAGACGGCUGCACUCCUCCUGGUUUCCCUCAAGGUUUCUACCUGAUAAAAACAAGUUUUAAUUUGCUUCUGCUGUUACCAGGUGCUUCUUUGGUUUCAAAAGUUGGAACAAAACUUCCCUCGCCAACAGUCAUAACCUCUUUGACUGGUUGUGGUCGAUGGCUGCCAGGUAGUAGCCAGGUUCUGUUUGAGGUUUCUACCUAUUACAGAGCAGUUUAGACUGUCUUUGUCCUUUUCAUUCUAACUAAGCACCGGCUCAUUCGGUGUAAAAGUUUGGUCUCAACUGUCAAAAUUAAUCUGAAACUCUGGUUUGUUGUGGUUAAUGGCUAACCACCUAUGUGUCUGGUUUCACUCAGGGUUUCUACCUGUUUAGAGGGAAUUUUCCUUUACUACCAUUUACUAUGAAGUGUUUUUUUUUUACUGGUAAAUCAAAUUUAUUUCAGUUAUUGUAGUAGUCCCAACAUUUCUCACCAGUCACAGCGGAAAGCUUCCAAGUAAUGAGUCUGGUUCUGCUCAAGGUUUCUGCCUGUUAUGGAGAAAUUUCUCAUUUUCAGUCGUUCUAUAUGCAAAACUUGGUCUCAGUUAUUAAAACCCUUUACAGCUGUUUGAGGCAGAUGGCUGUCCACCUACGAGUCUGGUUCUGCUCAAGGUUUCUUCCUCUUAUGGGACAUUUUUCCUUGCCACGGUUGCCGAGCGCAUGCACAUUGGUCGUAAUAAACAUAGUUAGAUAACGUCUGUCCUGAUUCAGGGCUGUGAUAGUUCAAAAUCAGAGAAUAAACAUGGAUGAUACUGAAGAUAAAUCUACAGCAGACUGUACAGCUCAACAUUCGUGAUUUACGCAUUAAAAAAUGUGAUAAUAACACGUCGUUGACCUUUACCUUCUCCCCUCAGACCUUCGCCUUCACGUGUCCGUAUAUAUCCGGGACAGUCUGGUGAGGGAGGUGACGGUCGCCAGUCCGGAGGGCUGCCACAUCACUCCGUGUUCCCCUGAAGAGAAGCCCUUCCUGCAGUCCGGCGGUCGUGAGGUCAUCCCCCUGCCUGUGGACAGUCUGAGGAGGGCGGACGAGUGUCCCCCGAGUCCCCCGUCCAACCUGGACAGGGGGGUGUUACUGUGGAUGGGCCCAGACGGACUGUACGCCCGCAGGCUGUGUCAGAGCAGAGUGUACUGGCAGGGAGGACUGUCCCAGUACGGAGACAAACCCAACAAACUGGAGAGGGAGGUUCCCUGUAAACUCCUGCACACGCAGGACUACCUGACAGGUGAGAUGACGGCAGACAGACGCAGCUAACAGUUUCUUUCUCUAAGGGUUUAUUUUUGACUCAAUGAUUUAUCUCAUAAACUUCUGCACUGACUCGACCACAUGCAGUGGAUCUGAUAAUGCUGCUUCUAGUCUUAUCUCCAGUCUAUGGUUGAUUGUACUACAGCUGUUGCAGAGAAAAGAGAGGAGGAUUAUUAUAGGCAGCGAUCUUGAAAUGCAGAAAAUAGGAUGUUACCUAGUGGACCAAUCAGAGGGCUUCAAGUCGGGGUCCUUUUGAUUUUCAAGCAGGUGAACAUCAGGCCUCAUAUCUAGGUUUUUGUUGGCACAAACCUACGGUGCAGAGAAGACACAGAAAGCAUUAGAAAUGACCAAGAAGUAGGUCCGAAAGUGCAGGCGGAACCUUUAACUCUACAAAUUCACUUUUAAAAAUACUAAUAUGACCCUUCAAUGAAACCCUUUAGUUUGAAACAAAAGAGGUAAAAAAAAACAAGAAACAAAACUUCUUUUCAUUGUUCAUGUCAAGACGUGACUUAAGAAGACGACUAUUUUGAUGCUUUUAUUUUGUUUUAUUCCCUUCAUUGUAAAAACAUGCUUUUAUUUUGAAGUGAAGUGGAAUGUAGAAUGAAAACAGAUAAAGAUGCUACAACUAGGUAGCUACUGUUUCUGCAACACCUGAAACCAUGAACUUAUGCAUUUUUAGCACAGGAUCAAUAUUUCCUUUAUCAUCAAUACAAGUAUAUAACCACAACUUUAAUAUACUGUAAAUGUUUUAAUAUUUUUCAAUCCAGAUCAUUAAAAGACGUUUUAAGGAUCUCUACAAAUCUUCUAAAUGAACUUUUACUGCUUCUUAAACUUUGUCUUUUUUAUCGUAAAAAUCUACAUUAAGCUCUAUUUUUAACUUCUAGGGCGCAGAGUGUGGCCCGCCUGUCUAACAGUAAAUCAUCAGAUCUGAACUCACAGCUUGUGUUAAUGAGUCUGAAGUUUUUUAGUCAUUUACUGUCAGCCUCUCUCAGAACAAAAGUUCUCAGAGCUUCAUAUCAGCUCCAGAUUGUGGUAGACUGUCUUUUUAAAGUCGUAUUUCAUGAUGAGGCAACAGUCACAUGACUUCUUGACAGCCACACUAUCCCCACCCACACGCCGCUCAGAAGGAGCCAGCUGUGUGAGGGCUUGACAGCUAAUAGUAUUUGCAUUUGUGGUAUGAGGAGGACUUUCCAUUCAAUCUCCCCCAAAGGUCACAUUUCUUAAAGAGAAAUUCUCCUGAAAUCAUUUGAAUCUCCAACUUCUGAUUAUUAAUGAUUCAACUUCCCCUCCUCCCCGAUUCUCAGAGAUCCAGAGUUAUGGACUCCACGGCCGGCCGCCGCCUCGUUUCCAGGUCCUGCUGAGCUUUGGGGACGAGUGUUUGGACCUGCAGAGACAGAGGCGCACCCUCACGGUUCAGGUGAUUCUUAUCCCUCCUCUUCAAAUCUUCAGAGUCAUGUUUUUAACUUUGAAAGGUUGAAAGUUGAGUCCUCUCAAAGUUUGAGGUGAGGCCCGGAAAGUGAAAAGUAGGAUUUGAAAGUGUGAGAACUUUUUCAUGGUCAUAACGUCGAACUUCAGUUUCUGAUCGAGUCUCAGAGAGAUUCAGCCCCCUGACUUUCAUUUUUGAAGAAGACCACAUGCUAAUUCAGGUUUGGAUGAGAGGAUCCUUCCAGUACAAUACCUGAAGCAAAAGACAGGGACUUAAAAAGCGCUCUCAUGUUGGGGACCAAACCUUCAAGUUUUGAAAAAAGACAAAUGUCCAAAUUCAGGAACCUUUAACAAGAAUAUUUUUCUUACUUGAGCGUCUCGUUUAGGGAUCAUAAUAUCUUGAAAUGAGACCUUAAUCUGGGUUUAUCGAUCUGGGUUUAUACAUUUGCUGAAUUUUGAGUUUUUGCACCCAAAGAACCCUGAGAUUAAAAACUUUUUUCUUUUUUUUUUCCUGUCCUAUAAUCUGUGUUUAAUCGACAUCUUAAAGUUUGUAUUCCUAUAUUAAACUUUUUUUUUUUUUUGCCUGUUUUGAGAGAAUAUGGUGGUUAAGGUGUUAAGUGUGAGAGAAAGUGUAAAAUUCUAAUUUUUACUCUCAUUUAUUCUCAUUUCUCAUCAGCUUCUUCUCAUUUCCCUGACUUACUCAACAUGUGAAGCUGUGGAUUAUUGACUUUUAUGAAUUAAAAUAAUAGUACUCAUACAGGAGGUUCAGAUUGGGCUGAGAACGGGGUCAUUGAGUCAACGCUAGAACAGAGACGAGUAGUAAAAACAGACGGUUCAUCACGCCCGUAAUGCCCCACUUAAAGUAGGCAUGUGUAGUUUCGAGUGAACAUCUUCUGGGCCAAAUCUCAACAAUCAUCAAACCAUUCAGAAGUUCUCAGAGUUAUGAAACUGUCCUGUCAGGGUAAAAUCAUGCUGCUCAGACUUCAUUCAGAGCUUCUCAGUGAACGUUCAGACUGUAGAUUUUUGUUUUUCAGAUCAUGAAACUGGUUAAAACAGCUUUCAAAUCGAUCUGCUCUGGAAAAAGUUAACGGUUUAAACGAGUCUGACUCACCUCUCUGACUCGCUGCGUGUUUCAGGUGGAGCCCCUGUUUGCCAGGCAGCUCCUGUACUACGCCCAGCAGAUGGGCGGCCACUACUACCGCAGCUACGAGCACCCCGGAGUCACGGACCACAUAAACACCUCUGAGGACUACCAGAGGGCCAUCCAGCACCACCACAGCAGCAGCAGCCUGCAGGAGUGACGUCCUCAGCAGGUUCAAGAGACUGUAAAUGAAAAUAAACUUGAAGAUACGUCAGAAGAAGAACAAAGAAACUGAGAAACGAGUCCAAACUCGGAUACGAAACUGAAGGACAUUUCUUAGUGACGCCGAAGAUAGGGUUGUUAUUUUUAUACUUAUAUUUUUGUGCACUGUAGAUGUAUUUUUGACUUACUAUGCAAACAAAACUGACAGCUCAGGUGAUUGUAAUGUAAAAUAGAAGAUGAAUUUUAGUGCCUGAAUUCAUAAUUUAAAAAUCUGGUUGAUAUUAUUCACCCUCAGAAGUUCAGACGAGGUCAACAUGAGGCCGGAUGGAACUAAAGUCUGCGUUACACCAAACAGUUCAGUGUGUUGAAUCCACUCUAAAGCUACAGUGUGAGGACUAAAAAUGAUUGUUUUCACUGAGGCUUUUACGGAGAAUGUUUUUAUAAUUUCUGAGUCUGGAAUCAGAAAGUUCGCUCAUAAUAACCACAAUGUCACGUACAUACACGACUCAAAUGCACGGUUCUCCUUGUAUAUAUCAAAUAUCAUAUACUUACGGUUUUAAAUCGGUCACCCAAGCAGAGGAAGUGAAGGAAAAUCCCUCAAACCUUCAGUCAGGACUCCAAUAACCUUCUUUGGAAAGGGGGGGAAUCAGACUAGGGCUGGGCGAUAAAACGAUAAUGAUAUACAUCGAAAAUUAAUUUCCCUCGAUAUUGAUAUGAAACAUGGUUGAUAUGCUUAUUGAUAGUCGGCAUUCUGCCGUGUUUUGGUAGAAAAUGUUGAAAAGACACAAAGACCUCACAGAUGCAGUAGCUUUUUGUAUUGCAAAAGACAUGCUACAAAUAAACACUGUUAUAUUUCAUUUCAAAAUAAUAGGGAACAUUGAAGAUUGACAAGUAAUUUUUUUAUAUCAUGAUAUACAUCAAUAUUGACUAAUAUGUAAAAAUAUAUCAUAAACUUUUUCCCGUAUUGCCCAGCCCUAAAUCAGACCCAAACCUGGUGCCAUUUCUGAACGCCAGUGCUGUGUUUACAAAGACCUGAUGUAAAGACAGGAUCAGACUGAUAAGACUUCCAUCCCCUAAUCUUCAACCACACGAGUGAAACUUUUAACAGCAGUUAUCAAGUUACAGUGGAGAGGAAGAACUUCCUUUAACAGGCAGAAACCUCCAGCAGAACCAGACUGAUGUUAGACAGUCAUCUGCUGAGACUAAGGAGAGACUGAUCGAGCUGGAAAACAGGGAGGUCUACAGCAGCAGGACGUCUGCAACAGCGAUCCAGAGGAACCUAGGCGUGAAUUUUACCAUCGGCCUUAUGUUGCUAUAAUCUGACUAACACCCUGGGGCAGAACAAAAACAAAGAGCAUCAAGUCUCCACUGUUUGCACUUGAAUUUAGCAGCUACAAAAUAAAGACAUUUAAAUGUUUGAUUAUAAAUGCAGACGUCUCUGCCUUUAAAGUGCACGAGGCCACCAAACUGUAGUUUCAUUCUGCAGGAAACAUGUUUGAUUUACGUCAUUUUCUUCUCGGAGACACUAUCACCACCUGUGAAUAAAUAUGGACAAAGUUUGGUACCUCAGGGAGCUGGUUUUAAAUAAGCUUUUUACUCAGUUUUGUACCAGAUUUUUAAAAAGGAAAGUGUAUUUUUAAAUGUGUGUGUCGAACAUGAACUCUGAGAAAAAGUUAUAAUGAAUGUUUCAAGGUUUUCCAGCAGAGAGGAAAACGUCUGAUUUUGUAAAUAAACAAUAAACAGUCUGAAUGUGAGGAGUGGGGACCCCUCUGUGUUUCAGUGCGAGCUCUUCCGUUGGUGUCGGCGCUGUGUGUGUGUGUGUGUGUUUGAAGAGGAAGUGCGGUUCAGAUGCAGGAUGAGGCUGGUUAAUCGAACUCGUCAUUGUCACAAAACAAUGUGAUGACAUCACGAGAGGAGGGGAAACAGAGAGGAAGAGGUCGGCCACGCUUUCCGCAGCGCUGAGGAGAAAGCCUUCCUGCGUUCUGCUCACAGAUUACAGUCUCUUUCCACUUCCAUGGAA